AUGCCUCGGCGUCUUCCGCCAGAUUUGAGUCGACGCUUUGAGAUACACGAGCGCGUUAUUUCCGAAGGUGCUUAUGCUUUGGUAUGCAAGGUAAGGCUCAAUGUGAAGGGUCCAUAACCUAACCUGACCCAACCCAACCCAUAGACUCAUCCUAUAAAGGCAAAGGGUAUCUUUGACCGCCUUCCAUUUCCAAGGGAAAAACUUAAGUGCCAAAGAUGCGCUUACCCAAAGAUGCGCUUCAAGAUUGGGCAAGAUCUAACUAAAGUCCGCAACCUCGAUUAUGUCAGUGCAGCAACUCAGCAUGCAGUAGGAAGUCGAGCGACGUUGUCUGUGUCGAGCGGAGCCCCAAUGUCUGCGAGGGGAGAUAUACGGCCGAACAGCAGAAGAAAUGAUCAGCCGGGAACGAAUGAGAAGUACUCAUACUAGCGUCUAGUUAUCGUUGGAGCUAGCGGCUAGUUGUCAUUAUUUUGCACUCAUGCGGAGCUUCAGAAGUUCGAAAAACUGAAAUAAGCAAGUAACUGAUCAGAAUAACCGCGAUAUUACUCAUGAGAAGGAAGAGUAGCCUUGGCGUUAAGGUACCUCCCUUAUUUCGGUCAGUAACUCGGUUAUUUCAGUUUUUCGAGUACUUAUAUAUAAGCAACUACUACUUCGAAGAUAUUGCUCAUAUUGGAAUUUGUUGACAGUCUUCAACAAGUAGUGGCGCGACGUCCACUACAACAACUGUGGGCAGCACAGGUAUUACGCCUUGAAGAUCGUCGACCAGAGACCCUACAGAGAGCGGGGAAUGCUGGAGCAGCUAUCGCGGGAGGUAGAACUGCAUCAACGAGCGACAGCCGGUCGAGACAGCAAUAAAGGCGGACACUCGAUUGUGCGACUUUUAGAACUAUUCGACAAGGAUGACCGGUUCCUCUACAUUUAAGGCAUGUAGGUCGAUUCAUCUAACAAAUGGAGUAUCGACGUCGAGGACUAAGUACAUUAUAGGGAGCCUCGAUUCAUCUCAUAAACCCAUCUGCCCAGCAAGGGGCUUCAUGUAACGGGAGAUGUUGGAUACGCUUCUGUAGCGGGAAACUCUGAUGCUUCUAAUGCAUGCUUCUAGAUUGGUGUCCAAACGGCUCGUUGUUGAACAUCUUCCAUGCGCCAUUGGAUUGGCACAGUCUAGCCGCGAGUGAAGCGCAGGGAAUCUAUGCGAGUUCGCAAUGUUACGGCGGUUUGCCCGAAGAUUUGUCCGCAGAAAUAUGGGGUGAUCUAGUGCAUGCUAUGACUUACCUAGCGGAGAGGAGGAUCGUGCACAGGGACUUAACUCCAGCGAACUUGCUGUUCAACAGACGCUGGUUUCUGAAGAUAGCCGACUUUGGGUGGUGCUGUGAGCCACAGGGUAUUAUUUCGAUCCUAUAUCCUAUAUGCUUAACUUCUACUUGGCUUAGGCUUUAUUUCUAGUAUAGAAGGCUUAUACUUAACUUCUACUUGGCUACUUUAUUUCUAGUAUAUUAGACGAGACCUUGUUACUCUUCACAGCACUUUUUCAUGGUUCUUCUGCCACAUACAACGAUAGAGAUGGCGCGGCAGCAAAAGGCAAGCAGAGACGUUGACGGAGACCUUGCAACUCAUACAUACUUGUCUUUCUCUUUCCCUUUCCAGACGCCACCGACGGCCCUUUUGCUGAGCGCAAAAAGUGCGGCACUGUCCAUUACAUGGCACCAGAAGUGGUCGGGAGUCGUCCUCAAAUAAGAUGCGGCGUGGACGUCUGGGCUGCUGGCGUGCUCUUGCACCAGAUGAUCGCGGGUGUGCAUCCUUAUCAAGCGCUGAUUGAGGAGUCCAUGUCGCAGAUGAAUGGGGAUUUUAGUCAGCUGUCGGAGGCAUUGGAUAGGAUGGAUUUCGAAAAGAAGAUUGGGGGCGCGUACUUAUUUGGAUAUGAUUGGGAUGGAUUUUCUUGUGUUGAGUGAUAGAGGUGGUUAGUAAGUUUUAUUAGGUUCUGGAUGUUCUUGGUAAAAUGGACUGUUAAUAUUGCAUUCCUAGCGCAUCUGAUGCUGCAUUCAGGCUUACUUCUAUUUCCCGUCUCCUUUCCCCAUAAUUGAGCUUUCUCCUAUACUAGCUCAAACUCCCAUCCACCCUCUCCCUCGCCACUACCUCCACCACUACUCUACCAGCCUCGCUUCUCUCGCCGACCCCGGAAGCACAAAGGUGCUGAGUGAGACUAUCCUGCUCGCCUUGCAAAUUGAUCCUUCGAAACGCGCAGAUGCAGAAGAGCUUGGACGCGCGAGUGUUUGGCUACAUCGCAACUAUACGAUUCCGAGAGACGAACAAAAACCUCCAAGACCACGCGUCUUGGUGCACAAAUAUGGCAACGCCAUCCAGAGUGCCUCGAUGGCAGCUACGUUAAGGCGGGUUCCCAUAUUAUUGCAUCCUUCAUCGCUAACCUCCUGUCGUGUCCAACCUUCCCUACAUGAUCUAGAAGUAGUCUUGUUCUGUCAAAGACUACUCAGAGGAUAUAACUCUUUCACUGUACAAGGAGGAAGGAGGUUAAAAAGACCGUUCUGAAGAAUGCAAAAAAUGGCGCCACCUCUAUCCACGGCCCAUCUAGACGCUUCAUCCUCGACAUCAGAAGAGCUACUUACUGGAGGAGGUGGUGGGGGAGGAGCGGGCUCGGGUGCUUCUAUGAGCACUGAACAGGAUGGCUGUGGAGUCUCAACUUAAGUCGGGUUAUCAAGUGGCAUUCUGCACUAACAUUCCUGAUUCUUUCUCCCCUACACUCUUUCCCAAGUCGUGGCAUUUUGCACUAACAUUCCUGAUUCUUUCUCCCCUAGACUCUUUCCCAACUAAGGAAGAAAGCAAGGAUCACCGUCUUGAGAAUGCAGCUCUUGCGCGCCCACCUCUAAUCUGCUGUAGUAGAGGAACAAGACCCGAGUUUGCAACACCAGAUGGGCUUUGCGGGCAUGCGCCUGAGGACUCAAACUCUAGCACAAGGAGGAAGGUUUCAACUUGGAGGGGCAUCUUUAUGGGGAGUAGUAAUAGUGGUGUGCUGGUUGAAUUCGUACAGAAGUGGUGUGUUGCUUGGUAGAGUUGUUAGAAAUAGUAAUGCUGGAAGGACUCGCACAGUGCUGUGUUGGUUUGUAGACUCUAAGUCUAAGACUUAGAGUCAGGAAUAGUAUAACGUGGGCUACGAGAACUAGAGCACCCUUAUUGGCGUGGAAAAUCAACGCCUAUGGAAUCCGUUGGUACCACGAGAACUAAGUAAAGUGCCGGCUUUCUGGCUUGCCAGGUGGAGGGUUGACUGGUAAAGCUGUGAAGACCUUCCUUGCCUUUCAUACCUCGGAACAAGCGGCGGCAACGGCGACAGAGGCGCUGGGAAUUUCAACCGAUCCGACUUCCUGAGACGAGCCUCCAUUUUGGGCACGCCUGAUUUACGUUCGCGGGAGAUUCAAUUUGGCAGAGCACCCUUUGCUUCCAGCGCGUUGAUGUUCAACCCGGUGAACGACCCAGGAGGAGCUUCUUUUGCACCAGGCGGAGCGAUAUCUUCUAGCACAACUGCUUCGUCAGCAUUUGGCUGCCUCGCUGGAGCAGGCAUCAAUAAUAUUGAAGGUGGUUCUUCCUCAUCUUCUGGAGCAUCUUCUUCUUCUGGAGUACUAAAUAAGAAACCUGCUACUUUCCCCCGAACAGCGAUUACACCAGGCAUCUUGCCAACCUUUACUGCCGCGCCGCUGCCGAAGUAUACAGCCGCUGGCGCAGCUACAGGAAGCUUCAAUGUUAAGGUUGCAACAUUCUCACCUGAUGAAUUAUACUUGAUAGUCUAUCACUCGGUUACUCUGCUCUUCUGAAAGAAGGCACAGGAUGGCUGAUGGGCCUCAAAUGCGCUAGAAUGACGUAAAAAGAGGCUCCAUGACGUGACUUGUUAGUCGGACCCGUAGCCAUUUUGGCUCAAGGUGUGGCUCAGGCUGUAGAUCUAGGCUGUAAAUCCUGUAGUAAAGCUCUAAUAUUAGGGGAGCCUCCAACAAUGCACCAGGAGCCAAUGUGCAAGCUGCGCGUCGAUUGUCAGCCUUUGGCAUCAGUGCGGAGAGUUUUUGUUUUCAGGGGUUGCAACUCCAACUUCCGGACAGAUCCCAGUCAACGAUGCACUUGCGACAAAUGCCAACCCUCUCGCCAAGAGGUCAUAAACCUGCUUUUGCUUUCCAAGCAAGAGACUAGGGCUUCUUUGGGGUGGAUCUUUGCUCUGUAGUUCUUUGUAGGUACUUAGGUUCAAAUAGUUCUGAAUGUAGAUGAGUGUACGUGUACUUAGGUGUACUCUAGACAUUGGAUGACGAUACUAGAUGCGUUGGGUGAUGGUAUCUAUUAGAUCAAGUACAGCUUGUAGAAGUUUUGAUAAUUUUGUUAUUCUUAGAUGAACCAAAUUUUUUGUCUAAGUCUAAGUCUUCUUCGUGUAUAAGAGUACGCACUUGAAUAUUUAUGACUUGACGCUGUUUGAUGCUUAGAGCCGUAACUUUCAAAGGAACAGCGGCAAUUCCUUGUAUAGCUAUUUGGGGAAAAGCGUACAUCUUUGAGGUUUUUUUUUAUUGGUGGCCACUUUUCUACACUUUUUCGACGUUGUUAUAUCACACACACGCAGCUACGCGCACGCAAAAGCGCGCGCAUAUGUUCAGAGCUAAAAUUUACUGCGUUUCAAAUGGAAAGACUAAGACAGUGCGCCGGGAAUGGUGCGCCAACUCCUGCUGGAGCAACACAGUAUAAUGGAGGACCAUCAGGACCAUCGUCUGCACCACCAUCA